UAUCCCUGAUAGAGCCACAUUUGGCCACAACGUUUUGAAUUUUGGCUGUUUCUUGCAUUACAGCAGCUUUGUCAUCAUCCCUGCUGCCUGCUCAUUAAGUGGGCAGCUCAUUAGGCUAACAAGGGCAGGGGUGAUGGUGCCUGCCUGAGCCAAGCUGCCCAUGGGUGCCCCGCUCCUGGUUUGCCAGUGCAGGGGGUGUUUGCAGCAGCAUUCCCAUCUCCAGAUGCCUGCAUAUGCCUGUGCUAACAGCAGCGUCGCUCCCGGCUUGCCUGCUGGCAAGGGGAGAUUUUACUGCUUCAAGGUUUGUUGCAGGGAUCUGAUGCAAGGAAACGUUGGAGCAUCCUGACUCAGCACCGCAGUGGUGGGGGACCCGUGGGAAAGACACGGAGCAUCUUGUCUCAGCAUCAGGGCAUGCGUAUGCCAGCAGGGGAUGAGUGAGGAGCAGCUCCCUGCAUCUCCCCACUGCCCCACCACAUGGGAGGACACCAAUGUCUCGGCCUCUGCGUACCCCCAGUACUGGGUGGAGCCCCGGUUCACCCAAGCAGCGAAGGUCCGUGUGAUCAUCACAGCCAUCUUCUUCCUGCUGGCAGCGGGCAGCAACGCGGCGGUGCUGGGCAGUCUGCUGAGGAAAAGGAGGAAAUCCCACGUGCAGCCCCUGAUCCUCAGCCUGGCACUGGCCGACCUGCUGGUGACAGUGAUGGUGAUGCCCCUGGAUGCGGCGUGGAACGUGACAGUGCAGUGGUACGGAGGGGACAUCUCCUGCAAGAUCCUCAACUUCCUCAAGCUCUUUGCUAUGUAUGCUGCUGCCCUGGUGCUGGUGGUCAUCAGCCUGGACCGGCACGCAGCCAUCCUCCAUCCCUUCUCCCGUGCUCACCGCCGCAACGGGAUGCUGCUCCGUGCUGCUUGGGCUGGCAGCGUGCUCCUGGCUUUGCCCCAGCUUUUCCUCUUCCACCUGAACACAAUCCCAGGAAGGAAUUUCACCCAGUGUGUUACUCAUGGGAGCUUCCGAGCACACUGGGAGGAAACUGUCUACAACAUGUUCACCUUCACCACCCUCUACAUCACCCCCCUGAGUGUCAUGAUUGUCUGCUACAUCCGGAUCCUUUGGGAGAUCAGUAAGCAGCUAAAGGUCAAUAAAGGUUUGACAAGAAAUCAAAAUGACCACAUCUCCAAGGCACGCAUGAAGACUCUCAAGAUGACCAUAGUGAUUGUUGCCACCUUCAUCAUCUGCUGGACCCCUUACUAUCUCCUGGGCUUGUGGUACUGGUUCCAGCCAGCCAUGAUCCAGAAGAUGCCGGAGUAUGUCAACCACAGCUUCUUCCUCUUUGGCUUGCUGCACACCUGCACUGACCCUAUCAUUUAUGGACUGUACACCCCUUCCUUUCGGGAGGACGUGCAGUUGUGCCUCAGGGGCAUUGAAACAGCCAUCACCAGGCAAAAGAGACACAAACCCAUCUCAGCCUCAGAGAAGAACACCAAGGACGGUGCUGCAAAUGGUGGGGUGGCAUCUGGGGGCUCCAACGGGACAACUGUCAGCACAGUCUGAUGAAGAGAUGUACCCACAAGGGGAUGGCAGGCACAGCUUUGGGACUGUUUUGUCCUGUAGGACCAUUUUGGAGACUGUCAUGACGAGGUUCCCUACUCACCUUUGGUGGGUGAGGGUUUCUGGCCAGAAACUGAGAAUGUGUCUCCUCCCUGUACUCAGGGUGAAAAAUUUGGGGGUAUUUCUGGUCAUUCUGCUGUAUUCUGGCAGUGCUGGGACAACUAGAAAAACAUCCUUUUUGUACCUGACAUGUGCUCCAGCCCUGAUUCUGGGAUCAAGCUUCUCCACACUUCCAGCAUCAACCUCUGGGAGGAACUUUACCAUCUCCUCUGUGGUCCAGGGUCACGUCUCUGGAGUGGCUGGUCUUCAAGUGCCCUUUGCACCUACACCCAGCUGUAGAGCUGCAUGGAUGGUGCCACCCUGAGCCUGCAAAGGUGUGAUCACAGGCUUUUACUCCUUUUCCCCACCUAUUGUAGGAAAAGCUCUCUGGAAAUUUCAGAUCUCCUGACUCAGAACGUGCCUGGUAUUCCCACGGGUGUGUGGCAAGCCCUGGGAAAGAUCUAAAUAUCUGGAGGUUGACUAAUGCAGAGGCAUUCAUGCCCCAGGCACGGUGGGCAGGGAGGGAGUGCUAUGGGAUUGGAGGGACUCAGGCAAGAGUGGUACAAAGGACCACAGUGGGGUGGGGUGAGGUUUAUUCUUUCUUUUGAAGAGAGCCAGAAGGGAAAACAGUCCCUACUACAGUUUUCUGUUGUGAAGGGGAUGGUACAGAGACAGACACAUCAUUACACAUCAGCUCUGUGGGACACAGGGCAAACCAGGAGAGAGAGUAUUUGGGGUAAUGAGAACCAGAUGACACUGCCCAGCCCCCCUAGACCUUUCUGUCCCCAUGUCCCAGAGCACAAGCAGGUUGCAGGCCACAUGCUGGACAGAUUUGCUUUGCCCUAAGCAAUACCAGCCCCUCAGCUCUGCCCCAGCAGAGCAGGUGCAGCCACCCCACAGGUGUUGUUCGAGGUGUCCCAAUGAUGGAAGUGGUGGGAUGCAGCUGGUAGGGAUCCAUCAGCACCUUUAGUGCCAGAUGGAGGUAAAUGAGGGCAAGGAGGGCUUCUGGAGGGAUCAGCUGAGCUGUGGUGAGUAACGUGGGUUUUUUGCUUUCUACCAUUGUGCCAAAAGUUGCUUGUAAAGGCAGAAGUUUCUUCUCUGGGUGUGGGUUGAAGAGAUGAGUUUAUUCAACUGUGUUGUCCUUUCCAGGUAAUUAGAAAUAGUGGAUUAUUUCUUUUUUUCAUUCUCCGAUGAUUGUUAUUAAAUGUGGGGUUUGCUUUUGAAGAGAAAUUCAGUUUUAAGCCAGGUGGGUUGUUGUUUUCUUAGUUUAGUUAAACCUUUGGACAGCUCAGGAGCUCUGGACUUGGCAGGAGGCAGUUUCUUGGCUAUUUUUGUGGCCACUGCAGCUUUGAAUGAGCAUCUGGACUUUAUCAGGAUGAAAGAGCUUUGUUUUAAAAACAACCCUUGUCUUGCUGUGGUUGCGUGUGUAGGGAGCUGAGCUGGGAGAUGUCUUCCCUUCUAGAAAACAAAUCUCCUUUGGGCACUUUCUUAACCCUGUUUCCAAGAGGUGCUGGUUCCCCAUCAGCCAGAAAGGAUCUGCAUUGGUCUCUCAGUUUACCAGCUAACAAAUUAUUGAAAUUAGAGGGGUGGCAAGCAGUCCUUGCAGGCUGGCUGAGGCUGGGCAAUGAGGAAGCCACAAUGCUCAGAGUGAUGCUAAGCUGCACAUGGGUAUCCAGCCCUUGCCCUUCUGGUACUAAUUAUUAUUUAUGCUAAACAUGUAGCCCAAGGAGAAAAAAAAAUCAAUUAGAACUGCAGGAGCCCGGACCAACUGGUGGGGAUAGCGUGAGCCAUUUAGGAAGCAUCCAAACUCCAAUGAGAUGCAUAAUCGCAGUUUGGCUUUCCUGGGCUCGUUCUGCUCAAAGUUAAUUACCCAAUGCUAACAGAGCGGGGGGUGCCUGAUGCCAGACUGGCAAAAAGGGCUUUUUGUAAGGUGAUGGGAAUGGCUUGCAGUAGGAGAAGCUAGUUUAUUCAACAGACACUCCUUUGGUCUCUUUGUUUAUACUGCUGAUGGGAGGCAGACCUUGAAGGUGCGUCGGUUUUCUGGCAAGCCUUGAAUAAGUAGAAAAGUGUCUUUAAUCUACUGAAAAUUGUCUUCAUCCACUUUUUGCUGAGUGGGAGAGAACAGAUACAACAUUGCUCAUGCACAUGUCUCCUCUUGCCCAGCAAUAGGAGAGCUCAGAGGUCCUCUCUGAGGAGCAAGAAAUACUUUUUUUCCUUGUAGGAAGGAUUCUACACCCCAUGGGUACAGUGAAAAGGCAAAAGUGGGUUUGGCUUUAGGGGGGACUCUGAUCUUAGAAUAAUUUAGAUUGGAAAACAUCUCUAUGAAGAGUAGGGAAAUGGGGAUUCUGGCAAGCAUAUGUACCUUAGUCCUUAGGGGAAGCAUAGCACAUCCCUUGGGAUUCUUGCAGGCACUCCAGUGCUGCUCCUUUUGCCCAUCUCUUUCAUACCUUCCCUCCUGUUGCUGAUGUUCAAAGUGACAUCUUGUGGAGUCUGGAGUGUGGGCAAGGUGCCCAAAGUGACAGCUUUUAUGAGAGAAGGAAAAUGUCACUGGAAACGUGUGCUGCUAAGUCAUGUGUCCACUGCAUGCAGGAAGGGGGAGCAAGCAGGUGGGCAGCAUCUCCCUGGGGAAGCUGGGAUCUGUCUGGGUCCUGCCGGAGGUGGAUCAAAGCCCAGGCCUGGUUUGAAUAUUCCUGCAUUUCUGAUUCUGCUUUUCUUGUAUUUGCUCACACUAGAAAGCACAAGAUUUUUGCAUCACUUAUUAGGAGCAUGAAUCCCCAAGUCUUGCUUUCCACCCCCAACCCCAGGGGUGGUCCUGCUUUCUGUGGUGCUUCCUUCUCUCUCCCCCCAUUGCCUCAAACCCUGUGUCUCCAACAGCACCCGCCCUUCUCCUCAGCUGGCUCCUGAGAUCUCUGUAUAUAAACAUAUAUAAAAUAGAGAGAGAGGAAAAAAUACUUUUUAUAUUUAUUAUCUAUUUAUGCUUGUUGGAGGAAAAUUCUCCCGCUUCCUCAAGACCUGCUCCUUCCCAUAAGGAAACACCAGUUACCACACUUCUUGCAGUCCCAGCCAGGAUCAGAUUUGUCUGAUUCAGUAACAAUUCCUUAAUAUUCACCACAGUAAUGUAAUGAACAUAUUAAUAAGAGCAGGUAGCUCUGUAUUUUACAACUCCUCGAACUCUCCCUGGGCCGCCUGCUUCAAACACAGCGGCCCUUUGUUCAAGAGGAAAUUCUGAUUCAUUCCCUGUUGGUGUUUUUAUAGCACUGUGCAUGUUCAAAGAGCCACGCAAGUGGCUUAAGAGGCUAACACAAACCUUGGGUUAAUUCAUAAUACUGUUAGUUACUCAGCACAAUACCCGCAUUAAUCCAGCUGACUGCCCCUCACCACGUUGGGAAACACAUGCUGAAAUCAGCAGGGAGCUCCAAAAACAAGCGUGGGAGUAGGAUAUUAAGUAUUUUGCCAGGCUGCUAGGUAGGAUCUGAGCACCUUAAAUGUAUUUAAAAUAUUUUCCCAUUGCUGUUGCCUCGCUCCACAGCUGUGGAGCUGAAGCAAUGAUGAGGCUGUGCCCAGAAUCCCUGCAGGCCUGAGCAUGAGGGAUAGGGCUACAAGCUCUCCAAGGGAUACUCCAGACACAUCCAUCAGGACUCAGCCCCCACCUGAAACCACCUCCUUUUUUUGGAGUCUAUUCAAACUGAUCAAAGCAGAAAAAGCUGGCUUUUUUUUUUUCCUUUGAUACCUGCUGAUUUCAUUGCAGAGCUGGACUGUGCGUGUCUGCCAUGAGCCCCCACAAUGCUUUCUCUCUGGGGACAUAGCCUGGAACUAUUAUUACUUCUUCUGCUUACUCUCAGAAACUUUCCUAUGCAAAGGAACCCUAAGAAAAGAGCUUUAAAUCCCUGCUGUGUUCUUUUCAUCUGGCUCAGGAGCUCCCAGGUUUGUGCCUUUCCCUGCAGUGCAGCAGACAGCCAUCCCACAACUGCUGCUCGACCUCCUCCUUCUCCAAAGGGCCCCAAACAGCCCAUCUGUUCCAAAAGAUGGGUUUUUUUUCAAACAAACCAGGCUUUUACAAACCAGUACCCUUUAGACAGCAUCAAAUACCUCCAGGUUUUCUGGCUGGCACAUUAUCUCCCCUAAACUUGUAUAUUUGCAUGGCACAGCGUUCAAUAUAACGUGCUGAGGAAAACAAAAAUAGGCAAAUAUUCCCACGAUGCCUGUGCACAUCUCAAACCCCAAGUUUCUGCACUGAAAUAUCAAGGAGUAAACUAUAAAGUAGUCGAACCUGUUGCACAAUAAAUUAUUUAUGUAUAUUUUAAUUGCAAAUUUCUGCUAUAAUUAGCACGGACACUUCUUGGGCUGAGGAGCUGCAGUGUCCUUUGACAGUGAGCAUUAUUAACAGGCUGUAAAAGGCAAUGGGGAAUUGGAUUAUAAUGUUCUUGUUUUGCAAGCUGUAUGGUGAAUAAAUAAAUUUGUUCUGGCAGCAAAAUUAACUGGGAUAAAUGUGUCUAGCUCCAGUCACCAAGAAGAGGGGUUGCUGUAAAUGAACUUGUUCUCAGCCUUGAAUUAAAAACCUGAUUACCAGGACAUUAUUUCUGGCAAUUAGGUACCAGAACAACAUCAGAAAAAUAAGACAUUUUCUUUGAAAUAUUUAAUGAGUAAGCUAGUAACAACAGACUCAUUUGCUGGAAUUAUGUGAUGAGUUGGGGUUUUUUUGUGGUUAGGGUUCACUGUGCAGUGAAAAUCUGCAUUUAUCAAAUCUACUAAAGGCUGGACUGAGAGACUGAACUGUGGCACCUAUCUGACUUUUCUUUGCCUAGAAUCCCUGGGCCUUCAUGGGGUUAUCCCAUGCCCAGUCACUAAUCAGAGGACAGUGCUUUGCUCCUUUUUCUGUUUCAGGCAGUUGUAGGUUGCUUUGCAAACACAAAUUACUUGACAGAAGAGAGGAGAGAGCAUUGCCCUGCGCAUGUUGCAUUACUAACUUGCACAUGGUGUGUUCUCUAACAAAUCCCCAGUUUGGUAAAAACAAUCCUUAUUCAGUAUUGAUGCUGAAAACCCUCAGUUUGUCUGAUCUGCACGGUAAGCUAGGAUAAGAUAGAUCAUGGCUGAGACCACAAGCCUUAUAGAUGUUUGUG